AACUCCUCUGUCAGUCUGUAAACAUUACCUGAGAAUUCCCCAGCCGAAACGGCUGCUGGGGCAAGAAACUUCUUGUCAGAACGUCCCACCUCCAGCUUCCCCGCCACCCUUCGCUCCGUCCCAACCUACGGAGACGUGUUUUGCUUGUGUGUGUGUGUGUGUGUGUGUUUUGUUUUGUUUUUUUUUUCUCCUCCCAAGGAGGAUUUCUCUUUCUUUGAAUUUUUUUUUUUUAAAUUUCACCCCCUUUUCUCACCCGGUGCUUUGCUUUGGUGGAGAGGUCAUUGCAAGAGUGACCAGGUGGGACGCCUCUCUCCUCCGUAUUCGGGUUAUUGAUUAUUGUUUGGGGUGUUUUUUUCUCGAUUCCUGUUUUGCUCGGUCCGGGGAGUUUCGUCCCCUGCCCGGCUCCGCGGCGCAUAGGAUGGUGUGGAAAUGGCUGGGCGCCUUGGUGCUGUUCCCCCUGCAGAUGAUCUAUCUGGUGGCGAAAGCAGCCGUCGGACUCGUGCUGCCCGCCAAGCUGCGGGAUCUGUCCCGGGAGAACGUCCUCAUCACCGGCGGAGGGCGAGGCAUCGGGCGCCAGCUGGCCCGAGAGUUCGCGGAGCGCGGCGCCAGAAAGAUUGUUCUCUGGGGCCGGACUGAAAAAUGCCUGAAGGAGACAAUGGAGGAGAUUCGGCAGAUGGGCACUGAGUGCCACUACUUCAUCUGUGAUGUGGGCAACCGGGAGGAGGUAUACCAGACGGCCAAAGCAGUCCGGGAGAAGGUGGGUGACAUCACCAUCCUAGUGAACAAUGCCGCCGUGGUCCACGGGAAGAGCUUGAUGGACAGUGACGACGACGCCCUCCUCAAGUCCCAGCACAUCAACACCCUGGGCCAGUUCUGGACCACCAAGGCCUUCCUGCCUCGCAUGCUGGAGCUGCAGAAUGGCCACAUCGUGUGCCUCAACUCUGUGCUGGCGCUGUCUGCCAUCCCCGGAGCCAUCGACUACUGCACUUCCAAAGCAUCGGCCUUCGCCUUCAUGGAGAGCCUGACCCUGGGGCUGCUGGACUGUCCAGGCGUCAGCGCCACCACUGUUCUUCCCUUUCACACCAGCACAGAGAUGUUCCAGGGCAUGCGGGUCAGGUUCCCCAACCUCUUCCCCCCGCUGAAGCCAGAGACGGUGGCCCGGAGGACAGUGGAGGCUGUGCAGCUCAAUCAGGCCCUCCUCCUGCUUCCGUGGACCAUGCACAUCCUCAUUAUUUUGAAAAGCAUACUCCCACAGGCUGCACUGGAGGAGAUCCACAGAUUCUCAGGAACCUAUACCUGCAUGAACACUUUCAAAGGACGGACAUAGAGGCCAGAGACGGAGACGCGUUCAAGGAGCCAUGGAGGCUGAGGGGCCCACAGUGCCCGGGUACACACGCAUGCCUGUCUGUCGGCACAUUCCUACUCGGUGAGCAGGUCUGCUGCUGUUCCUGGCAAUGACUCUCAGCCCCUCAAGUCAGCCCCAGGACCUUUGCACAGGACAGAUGGGUACAACUCUGACCUCCACGGGGAGGCAAGAAA